UCUACGACGGGGGCGGCGACCUGCGAAAAAGUAAUUUUCGUCGGGCAGUCGGCAGGUCAGGUCGGCAGUUGCACAUCUGUCGAAAUUUGGCACCGGGUAGUUGUGGCAGAGCAGACCUAGACGCGUUCUGUGGAGUAGACCGUCUACAACUACGUCUAUUAAAUUAAUGUCUAAGCAAUUUUUUUCACGAGCACUUCUACCGUCUAGCCACUACUACCUGCUAGCACCUCUGUCAAUUUUUCAGUGAGAAGUGACAAAACUCGGGCAAACCAGUAAAGUGUUUUGCUUGAAUGCUAUGGUUUAUAUUUGGUUUCUGAAAAACUUGACGUGAAAAAAAAACUAGGAGGAAUUCAUGCCACUAUCCGUGUAAGACUUUCAUACUCUGAUAUUAGGAAUGGCAUCCUUAAGAUUAUUAGCAGCAGGUGCAAGUGCUGUGGGGGCGGGUGCCCUCACAAGCUACUACCUCGUAACCGACAAUGCCGUUCAUGCAGAGCAAGUAAAAAAGAAACCACCGAGACGAACUCUUCCUUCAAGAGAAGAUCAAUUGAAAACUCUCAAAUCUGGAGAAACGUACGAUGUCCUUAUAAUCGGAGGAGGUGCAACUGGUGCAGGAUGUGCUCUCGACGCUUGCACACGAGGUUUAAAGACAGCUUUGAUCGAAGCUGACGACUUUGCAUCAGGAACUUCGUCACGCAGUACGAAAUUAAUUCACGGUGGAGUGCGAUAUUUACAAAAAGCGAUUAUGCAAUUCGAUAUAGAGCAGUACCGAAUGGUCAAAGAAGCUCUUCACGAACGAGCCUCGAUGCUUCAUAGUGCACCCCACCUUGCACAUCCAUUACCCAUCAUGUUGCCAGUCUACACGUGGUGGCAGAUACCAUAUUAUUGGUUCGGUAUUAAAAUGUACGAUCUUGUGGCUGGCAGUAAGACAGUAAAAUCUUCAUAUUAUCUCAGUAAGCGAAAUGCCUUAGAAUUAUUCCCAAUGUUGAAGGGAGACAAACUGACUGGGGCGAUCGUUUACUACGAUGGUCAGCAAGACGAUGCAAGAAUGAAUCUCGCAAUUGCUCUCACAGCUUCGCGACAUGGAGCUACUGUAGUCAAUCACGUCAAUGUCUUGAAUCUUCAUAAAGGUUUAGAUAAAGAUGGAAAGAGAGUUCUUACGGGUUGUCGUGUGAGAGACGAAUUGACGGGCCAGGAGUUUGACGUGAAAGCAAAAUCAAUUAUCAACGCGACGGGUCCCUUUACUGACAGUAUUCGAAAAAUGGACGAUGCCAGUAUACCUGAAAUCUGCUGUCCAUCUUCCGGCGUCCAUAUUGUCCUCCCUGGUUAUUACAGUCCAGACCAGAUGGGUUUGCUUGAUCCAGCGACGAGUGACGGCAGAGUAAUUUUCUUCCUGCCCUGGCAGAAGCAGACAAUCGCCGGAACGACAGAUCUUCCGUGUGAGAUAACUCAUAAUCCAAAACCAACAGAGGACGAGAUUAUGUUUAUUCUGCAGGAGGUUAAAAAUUAUUUGAACCCGGACGUGGAAGUGCGCCGUGGUGAUGUCCUCUCUGCUUGGAGUGGAAUCAGGCCUUUGGUUUCUGAUCCAAAUAAACCAAAUACGCAGUCCCUCGCUCGUAAUCACAUUGUUCAUGUUAGCCCAACGAAUCUAGUCACAAUUGCUGGCGGAAAGUGGACCACUUAUCGAUCAAUGGCAAUGGAAGCAAUCGACGCUGCCAUUCAAGCAAGCGAUCUGAAACCGGAUAGACCGUGUCAAACUGACGGUUUUCUUUUGGAAGGAGCUCAGGGUUGGACUCCAACCAUGUAUAUUCGGCUAGUCCAAGAUUUCGGACUCGAGUGUGAAGUCGCUCAGCACUUAGCAAAAAGCUACGGAGAUCGUGCUUUCGCAGUAGCGAAAAUGGCCUCUCUUACCGGCAAACGUUGGCCGAUUAUUGGCAAAAAAAUUCACCCCGAGUUCCCCUACAUCGAUGCCGAGAUUCGGUAUGGAUGCCGAGAAUAUGCAAGAACAGCCAUUGACAUGAUUGCUCGACGUUUACGACUCGCUUUUCUUAACGUACAAGCCGCUCAGGAAGCUCUCCCGGGCAUCAUUGACAUCAUGGCCGAGGAACUGAAAUGGACAGCUGAAGAGAAAAAGAAGCAGCAAAAGGAGGCUAGCGACUUCCUUUCCAGCGAAAUGGGACAAAUGGUGAAUCGCGCUUCACGAGACAAGAUUCCUAUCAAUCUCACCAAAGACGAAAUUCAGUUGUACAUCAAGCGCUUCCAAAUUAUCGACAAAGAUCGCAAAGGAUACGUUUCCAUUAACGAUAUUCGAAGGGGUCUUAAGCUCUUUGGCGACAAGGACGUUCCCGGCGAAGAGCUACACGAAAUCCUUCGCGAAAUCGACACAAAUAUGAACGGUCAAGUCGAACUGGACGAAUAUCUUCAGAUGAUGUCCGCAAUCAAGUCUGGACACGUUGCCUAUUCGAGAUUCGCCAGGAUGGCAGAGAUGGAGGAGGCACAACACGAAAAGGACUCCCUGAAGAAGAAGAUCAGUGUGGAGAGAUCUGGCGGUGGGCUGUGAAGAGUCACUAUAGGAAAAUAUUGUUCGCAAAUCUUCCUAGAAUCGCAUUACCUCUCCGUAAAUUGGGAUCUGAAAUCAUGACCACCAACGUCACAUGACAGGCAAUUUAACGGUAAUAACGGGGCUAUGCUAACUCUGAUCACCUUCUUAUACAAGAGAUGAGAGCCGUUUGUAGAUUAUUUUGCAAUUCUUUCGAAGAAAUGGCAUUAGUAACCACAAACGUCGUUAGAGUAGGCAUUUUGGGAAAGAGGAUAACAAUUUUACACGCUUGAUAUGUUAACAGUUUAAGACACGUGCCAGUUAAAGGUUGAUGGAAUCUUCAUCCAGUGUAUUUUUUUCGGUUAAAAAUUAUCGUAAGCAAUUUAAAUUUAAAAAAGAAAAACAAUGAGAAAUAUAAUAUACGGAAAUUUCCGUAAUGCUAGCCCUAAGUACUUGUAAAAGAAAACCGUAACUCCAAUUAGAAAAUCAUCGUUUCUUUAACGAUAAAUUGUCUAAUGAAAACAAGAAAGAAAAUAUCUUUUCACCUCAUGAGGCUCACAUAUACAAAUUCGAACUUUUCUUUUGGUGCUCUUUAAAUUUCUUAUUGUUUUUUUUUCAAUUGAUAUUUAAAUAAUUAUUUUUAUUAUAAACUACAAGGGAUGAACGAUUUGACUAGCAGUAGGUGUAUCGUAGUAUUUCAGAUUCCAAUACUUCACCCACACUCUUUCCUCUCUUCUCUUUCUUUUCUUCCUAUUCCUUCUCACUCAGUGCAAAUUAUUUAUUCUAGCAUUUUAAGUUUCCGAGGAUUCAAAAGUCUAACUUUUGUCUUCUAAUGGAGCGAUCCCCGCACAAAUAUUUCAAAUUUCUAUAAAUGAACCACUGAUAAGAAUACGGAUAAGCAAUAGAAUGAAAUUUCUUGGAUUUUAUUUAAAAAAACGUAUGUGAUCAUUUAUUUUCUCUGGAAUUAUGUCCAUAUAUAUUUAUUGUUGUUGACAAAUAUUGCAUUUUAAAACUUUUAAUUUGUUUUAAUUUUUUUAUAAGAAAGAAUCGACUAUCGAUCGAAAAAGAUCUAAAAUAUUGAUCGAAUUUGAUGUAUUUUAUCGAGAAGAGAAAGUAGAGCUUAUUCGUGUUUUUGAUCGUUUCGGUACAAUUUUCAUAAAAAAUACCGUUUUAAAAAUGAAAGAAAAAAUUAGGAUAAUAUUUAAGAAUAUAUAAUAUCCUUUUAUAUUAUGAUGCGCAUGCCUGGUCAACAAAUGGGAUAACUUUUCGGAGAAUACAUUAAAAGUUUUAAAAGACAAGUUGUUACUGCCGAUCAUCGUGGAGCGCUUUUCAAUCAAAUUUGUACUACUAUCGCGGAUCGCGAAUAAUUGAAUUAAUAUACAAUGUAUGUACAUAAAUUCAUCGCCAUUCAAAUAACGUUAAUCUGCAAGGAGUUGGCGGUUAUAUUGCGGGUAUCGCGCAUGAUUGUAUUUAAUUUUUUGUUGUUAAUUUUAUCGUUGAUCAUUAUUUUAUUGUUAAUUAUACAUACAUACACAUUUAUCGCUCUAUUUGCUAAAUGAAAUUUACAUUGGUUGACGUACAAUAUUCAUGAAAUAUACGGCAAAUGACUCUCCUA